AUUCAGAAAGAAAAUGUUUAAAGAUUUGGAUUUGUCAAAUACAGUUUAAAAAUGAUAUUCAUAUAAUGGAGGAAACAAUUUUGCAUAGCUAUUACGAGGUAGUUUCAAAACAUCCAACAUACAUUGCCAUAGAGAAAUUAAAUUUUGGAAACUCUGGCAGUAGGGAGUUCAUCAAUUGAAGAGGUACAGAGCACAACUACGAAAAUUGGUUUCCGACUGGAUAGAUGACUAUUACUUUAUCCUAUUUCUUUGUUUUUUGUUUCUAAAUUUCUUUACAUUUAAUUUCAGUGAAAGCAAUAAGUGAUUCGUUUACAAAAAUGUCUUUUGGAGCAGCUGGUGGAUCGAUGCCUAUGACAAGCAAGGAACCUCCUGAGCGAGGCAGUUUUCCUUUAGAUCACUUUGGUGAAUGCACAAAUGUCAUGAAAGAGUAUUUAGAAUGCAUAAAAACGAAUCGAAGUCAACAACAGGAAUGUCGACCUCUUGCCAAAAAGUAUCUCCAGUGUCGCAUGGACACGGGUCUCUUCGGACAGGAUGACAUGCGUAAUUUAGGCUUUGAAGAUGAGGGAACAGAAAGAUUAGAUUCAAAGAAUGAAUGAUUAGGAUAGGAGUAGACCUGGUUUGCUGAAAUGGGUUCAAA